UAACGUUAAGCUUUUUUGUCUUUUAGCAUAUAUAAUUUUCACAAAAAACAUAUAAGUUGUUGCUACUUUAUGACUAGUAGUUUGUAUACAUGAACAUUGCCUCAAUAGCUACAAACAAAUUUGUUAGAGUUUUUUAUUUCAGAAUGCAACCAUGUAAAUAGUCGUCUCAGAUCUGUCACCUAGUGUCAAAAUUCCUUGACUCCUUUUUGUCAGCACGUGUGUGUAGAUACAAAACUAGUGUACAUAGAGAUUAAAAGAAAAUUUAGUAAUUUGUAAUUAAAAACGUUAUGGUUAGCAUGAAUUUUGUGAAGAAAGCGCGCAAGCUUUCGGAUCCGGAUAUUGCAGUUGAUCAAAAUGCGGAUGAAGAGAGUAAAGAGGUCUCAAUUAUAGCGAAGGAAAUAAGAAUAGUUAAGGCGUUAGCUUGUAAUGAUUUAAAUAAACGCUGCCGACAACUUAAAAUAUUAAGAAAUUGGAUGCAGUUAAGACAUGGCGGUUCCGUUGCUUUUGGCGAAGAAGAUUUUUUACGUAUAUGGAAAGGUCUUUAUUAUAUGUUUUGGCUAUCAGAUAAGCCAUUAGUACAAGAAGAUUUAGCGGAGCGCUUUGGACGGCUGCUUAAUUGUUUUAGUGAUGAUGUUGGUAGCAGUAUUAAUUUCUUUGGAGCAUUUUUAAAAACGAUGUGCCAACAGUGGUUUGGUAUAGAUCAGUGGCGUUUGGAUAAAUAUCUUAUGCUGGUACGUCGCAUGCUACGAUACAUGUUGCAAGUGAUAAAUAACGCCGGUUGGUCAGAAGAUAAAAUACAAAUUUUUAAUGACCACAUAAGCUUAACUGUCUUAUCGGAACAUGCUACUACGACUGGAUUAACUAUGCAUUUAAUGGAUAUAUUCUUUGAAGAGUUGGCUAAAGUUUCUGCAGGUAAUAUUGAAGCUCCUAUGGUUGGAGCAUUUGCCAAACCAUUCAUUAAAUUUAUGGGUACCCAACGUGACAGUAAAUUGGUUUCUCAUUGCCGUAAGCAAGUUUUCUAUCAUUUAUUAUAUCAAAGUAAUUUAGGUCGAGAAUACACUGAAAAAUAUAAUGCUUGGCGAGAUAUGGGUUUUCCAACUACAAAAAUAGAUGAUUUAGAGCCAGUUAAUCAAGAUUGUGUUGAUGAUGAUAAUGAAGAGUCUAUGGAUCAUGACGAAGAUAGUACUGAUAAACAUUUAGAUCCACGUGCUGGAAAAGUGGAUAUAUUUAUGCCUGAAUUGCCGCUAGAUGCGAAAAUAUUAAUAACAGAGCUAGAAAAGUAUGUGUGUAAGGAAGACAUCAAUAAUAAGCGCCGGAAAAUGCUGAAAAAUUUACUGGAAGUUUUCAGGCAAUAUGAAAAUGGAAUAUUCGCUCUAGGUGUUAAAACGAUUCCACGAUUUUUGCUCAAUGUAGAUAAACCUACUAUUGAAGACAAAGUGGAUCAACUCGAAAAUAUGGAAAACGAAGUGUUUGGUACCGGAAGAAAACUAAAGCAGCUUAAUAAACGAAAAAGGCGUAAAUUAUUGAAGUCACUAAAUUUAGACAACGUUGAUGAGAAUAAUUUUGAUGAUGUAAUUGAGAAAGCCAUACCAAAAAAAAGUACUAAAGUAAUUAAGAAAAAGGCACAGCUAACAAUGAUGAACAACUGGAUAGAAGAAGACAUUGAUGUUGACAUUUCAGCAAAAAAAGAAAAAAGUAAGAAAAAUACCGAACGCAAAAUCGUCAAGCAAAAAAAUUCAAAAAAGUCUAAAAGUGAAGCUAGUGAAGAUGAACCGGCAAACAAAAUAAGAAAAACCCAAUCCUCAGAUGGUGUAUGUGAUUUACAGCCUAUCGUGGAUUCUGAUAAACCCAUCUCUCCAGCAGUAGCGCAAAGUAAAAAAUCAGUUAAUACAAAAACAAUAUCACAAUCGAAACCAUUAAUAACAGCUAAAACUGUGAGUCAGGAUGUAGAUCAAAAUAAAAAAAUUAAAGAAACAAAAAUCUUAUCAAAGACAACACAAGAAGAAACAAAUUCACCAUCUAUUUCCAAAACUAAUAAAGAAAAAUCAAUUAGUGAGUGGGAUAAACCCUUGAAAAAAGGCGAAGUAGACUAUUUUAUACCAUCACGUAAAAUUCAAGUCAAAAACGCAAAUUCAAGUUUGGUUCGAAAUCCUUUAGCAAAGAACUCGGGAACAAGUACACCCAAGCAACUUAAUAAAACUUCUUCACUUUCUACUCCGUCUUCAGGCAGUGCCAAACGAGUUAAAAUAGCGCUUAAACACAAUACGAGCCAAAAUCCCAGCGAAUAUUUAAAACAAAUUAGAAAUUCUCCAAAUCUUCCCUUUGAUGCAGAUAAAAAACCUGGCAAGGGGCUUCUAAAACCUAAUCUAAUGCCGAGUCCCAUAAAUCCAUUUUAUAAAAAAAAACUGGGACUAAAUUGGCUAAAUGAUACAUUAUAAAAUAUUUAAUAAUUAAGUAUUGUAAAUUUUUAAAAAAUCAAACCUAAACUUUUGAAUUUCACAAUAAAAUUUAAAA